CCCGACGAAACCCGAACUCUGAGAAACGGCAGCAUAAGAAGAAGACCCGCCGAGUAAAGUUGUGGAGCCGUCUCACUGGAGGCUUGUCUCUUCAGUCCUCACAAUCGAUAAAAAGCUUGAGCUUUUCACGGGCUUGAGCUUGUAAUGGAAACAAUUUGCCCGAUCGAUCGCAAGUGCGCUUCUCAAAUCUCCGUUCUUCUCCAUCCUUCUCCUCCUCCUCUCCAAGUCCAGGAGUAUUUCGAGGAGCUUAUAUCGAGCAGGCAAUGCCGGGGUAUCAAAGUUAAACAGAAUGGCGAGUUUGGAAAGGGUGUCUAUGCUGAUUUGGAUUUCAAAGAGGACGAACUUAUUUUGAAGGACCCAAUGCUUGUUGGUAUUCAACAUCCUUCAAACAAGAUUGACUGUCUGGUCUGUAGCUUUUGUUUCCAAUUUAUUGGUUCAAUAGAACUUCAGAUUGGGAGGAAGCUCUAUUUGCAAAGUCUAGGUUUGUCAGCUAGCAAAGUAUGUGAUAAGGAAGGAAUUUCAAAAGAUUUUUGUGACAGCAAUUCAGCUGAUGAAGAAGAUGAUUGUUAUGUGAAAGAAUGUAAAAGGCUGAGGAAAUGUGCUUCUAGCAGUCCCAAUGGCAAAGUUACUUUGCCUAAAGGGGUUGUGCAAUCAUUAAUGAAUGGCGAGUUGGUGUUGCCUCACUCUGAAAAAUUUUCCUUGCCUCCAGCCAUUUCUUGUCCUGGGGGAUGUGGAGAAGCUUACUAUUGUAGCAAAACAUGUGCGGAGGCUGAUUGGGAAUCAUCUCAUUCAUUACUUUGCACUGGGGAGAGGUCAGAAGCACUAUCUAGAGAGGCACUUUCAAAAUUUAUGCAACAUGCUGAUGAAACAAAUGACAUCUUCCUCCUUGCAGCCAAGACGAUUUCUUUCACCAUUUUAAGAUAUAGAAAGCUAAAAGCUGCUCAUCUAAAAAGACAAAACAAGUAUACUGAUCCUGUUGAAUUGGACUGCGCUGAACUCUCUUUACUUUUGGAAGCAUGGAAGCCAGUAUCAAUUGGAUACAAGAGGAGGUGGUGGGAAUGUAUUUCAUUGCCAGAUGAUGUUGAUCGUUCUGAUGAAACUGCAUUUAGGAUGGAAGUAAGGGAUCUUGCAUUCACGUCGCUGCAGCUCCUUAAGGCCGCUAUCUUUGACCAGGAAUGUGAGCCAUUAUUCUCCCUAGAAAUCUAUGGGAAUAUUAUUGGCAUGUUUGAGCUGAAUAAUCUUGAUUUGGUUGUAGCAUCUCCAGUGGAAGAUUAUUUUUUGUACAUUGAUGAUCUUCCAGACCCUGAAAAGGGAGAAGCUGAGGAAGUUACUCAAUCAUUUCUGGAUGCUCUGGGUGAUGGUUAUUCAGUUUGUUGUCAAGGUACUGCAUUCUAUCCAUUACAGAGUUGUAUGAACCACUCCUGUUGUCCAAAUGCAAGAGCUUUCAAAAGAGAGGAAGACAAGGAUGGCCAAGCAACAAUCAUUGCCCUCAGACCCAUUAGUAAGGGAGAAGAGGUUACAAUUUCAUAUAUAGAAGAGGACCUUCCUUUUGAAGAGAGGCAGGCAUUACUUGCAGAUUAUGGUUUCAGAUGCAGGUGUACCAAAUGCUUAGAAGAAGAUACCCAACUUAUUUCCAAGCAAGAACAUAUAAAGAAGAAACUGGGAUUUGGUGAGGUGUAGGGGUUUUUAUUGAUGCCUUGCUAUUUGUUGUGUGUCAAAUUUGUCAAGGACAGAAGCGAGGCAGAAGAAAAAGAGAAUCAGGGAACAGUGCCUUGAACUCAUUUAAACUACAGCUUUUCCAACCACAAGUCUCUUCACGGUCAUGCAAAAACAAAUUCAAUAUGUAACCAUGUUCAAGGUCUCAGCAACUUUCGCUUCAAAGGUUUUUUUUUUUUUUUUUUUUUUUUUUUUUUUUUUUUUUUUUGAAAUUUUGUCAAGGCUUUAAAUUACUCAGUGAGAUGUCUUCAAUUCAUCCCUCCGAUGUUGUAAUCUCAAAUCAUUAGAAGUGAAAUUAGAGUGAUUUGCAAAUUUGUUUUAGAAUUGUCCGAGGGAAUCGAAGUUUUUUAUUGCUCUCAUAAUAUUUGGGAGUCUUUUAUAUAAGGAGCACAUUCUCAAUUUGGAAGAUUCUGAAACAGUUUUCUCUUAGAAAUAAAAUGUAAUUUCUUGAUUUUAAAA